AUGGAUGUUUUAUUCUUCGAGUAUUUCCGAUGUGGUUCACGAGACAAGGAUUACGAUGAAUAUCUGCAGGCUAUGUCAGAUGCUGCACAAAUCCUCAAAGUUCACCAAGGAAAGAGAGGUGUUCCGAGGGUCCAUGAAAUUAGAGUCAGUUGGUGCAACCGAGCUGAUUUUGCAGACGUCCUCAAAGAAUAUAACGACAUUGAAGGUCUUGAGAAGGCGACUCUCAUUGCUCAUGACCACUACAAUCAGGCGGGUGCAAGCAACAGAUGCAGCGAUGAUUGGGAUUCAAUGGUUGCUGCUGCAUCCGACGGCGAACUGGCUGGCUACUCCUUUGAUACAGACCAAUUCGACCACACGAAUGUCAACCUUCGAGAAGAAGCUCGGGAGCUGGACGAAGAGAUUGAAGAAUGGAAAGCUAGGAAGGAGCACAAGAAAUCCCCUUCUCCUACUUCUAAGAAAUUUUGA